GUGUCACUACUUAUCUGUUUGGAUUGUGAGUUUAGCCUCGUUAUAUACCUGAGGAUACUAAGUGAUUCCUUAAAAUUGAGAAUUCACGUGUGCUUCAAAGUGGACAUCUUUGAUAUAAAAGAAAAUUAAGGAGGACAUCAGGCAUGAAGCCAGUGAUUUUCCAUGUAAAGUGGCCAAACAUCCCAGAAACAAAAAUAGAAAUAGGUACAGAGAUGUCAGCCCCUUUGAUCACAGUCGAAUUAAGCUAAACCAAGGUGACAAUGACUAUAUCAAUGCUAGUUUGAUAAAAAUGGAAGAGGCCCAAAGGAGCUACAUUCUCACACAGGGACCUUUGCCAAAUACUUGUGGUCACUUUUGGGAGAUGGUUUGGGAACAGAAAAGCCGUGGUGUUGUCAUGUUGAACAGAGUGAUGGAAAAGGGAUCCAUAAAGUGUGCACAGUACUGGCCACGGAAGGAGGAGAAAGAAAUGUUUUUUGAAGACACAAACUUGAAACUCACGUUGAUAUCUGAAGAUAUAAAAUCCUAUUACACAGUACGACAGCUGGAGUUGGAAAACCCGACCACCCAGGAAACUCGGGAGAUUCUGCACUUUCACUAUACCACGUGGCCUGACUUUGGUGUCCCCGAGUCCCCGGCCUCGUUCCUCAAUUUCCUCUUCAAGGUGCGGGAGUCGGGCUCGCUGAGCCCCGAGCACGGCCCCGUCGUGGUUCACUGCAGCGCCGGCAUCGGCAGGUCCGGCACCUUCUGCCUGGUGGACACCUGUCUGCUCCUGAUGGACAAACGGAAAGAUCCUUCCUCUGUGGAUGUCAAGCAGGUUCUCCUGGAAAUGAGGAAGUACAGGAUGGGACUCAUCCAGACCGCAGACCAGCUCCGCUUCUCCUACUUGGCUGUUAUUGAAGGGGCAAAAUUCAUCAUGGGAGAUGCUUCAGUGCAAGAGCAGUGGAAAGAGCUGUCCAACGAGGACCUGGACCCCCCACCUGAGCACACCCCCCCACCUCCCCGGCCACCCAAGCGAACCUCGGAGAUGCACAACGGGAGGAUGCACGAACACACGGAGUCCUUUCCCAAAGCCCCAGGAGCAGAGGAGGAGAUCACCCGCUCGGUGAGCAGCGGGGAGGAGACGGUCCCAGACGGCAGAGCUCGCUCACCCGCACCGCUGAGCACAGACAGCACUAGUCAAGACACUGAAAUUCGGAGGAGAACUGUUGGUGAAAAUCCGCGUCUCUCACCCCACAAAGAGGAGUCCAAGUCGGAGAACUCGGACGAGGAGGAUGAGAACAUGGUGACAACGUGGAAGCCAUUUCUAGUGAACAUCUGCAUGUUCACUUUCCUCACAGCAGGAGCUUAUCUCUGCUACAGGGUGUGUUUCCACUGAUGGCUGUUCCAGCAGGAUGGACCCGCGGGGAACACGCCCGGUCGGGGUUUGUGGGAGCUCCUGUGAGAGGGAGCAGUCCAGGCAGGGGAGCCUUGUCUCAGAGCAGGUAGAUUUAGUGUGAAAGGCCAGAACUUUGGGUAGGGCUUAAAGAGAGAAUUGAUGCACUAGGGUUUUAUCCAGCCCUGUGGUCCCAAGAACAUAAUAUUCUAAUCUCAGGGCCUUAAAAUAUUCAGGAGUAAGCAGAGAAAAUGCCAAAUAGUUGGUUUCCUUUUUUGGUUGUUUUUUUUUUUGUUUUGAUUUUUUUUUUAAACUAAAUAAUAGAAUUACAACACAUUGUUGUUUUUAGCCUUUUUUAAAAAGCCAGUUCAUUUUCUUUUGUUUCAGAAAAAGUAGGCACAAGUGAAACUUGCUUGUACUCUCCAAGUGUUGUAACCAAAUACAUGACUUACAUUGACGAGUUCCCAAAAAAGAAAAAGAAACCCACAUACCUGAAGAAUGUAAACCUUUGGAAGGGGAGGGGUGUUUGUGGUUGGUUUUUUUCUUUUUUUUUUUUUUUUUUAAA